AUGUCCAGUAAGACAAUUGCUAAUGGCAAUUCCCAGAAAGUUAUGAGGGAGUCUGUAUGGAAGGAAGAAGGCAUGACUGGAAGGCAAGGGGAGGGAAGUCGUUGGAGAGAUACGGAUGAUCAUCUUGCUCUGUUCAUAACAGUUGUUGUUGUUAAUACACCAGGAGCUGCUGUGAGACCUGUGAUUUCCUUCUCUCCAAACUGGAGCCCAAUAUUCACAGGAGAACCUGUAACUCUGACCUGUAAUGUGGCUCCUACUGCCCAAGGGAACCUGGAAUAUUCCUGGUACAGGGAUGGACACUGGAUACGUGGUUAUCGUCAGAGGCUUGUCAUUCAGUCUGCCACAGAGACAGAAAAUGGGAAUUACCAGUGCCAGGCUGGUGCCGAUGAGAGGAGUGCUCCUGUUAGACUGGAUGUUUAUCGCUAUGGGCUCAUCCUGCAGGCGCCCCCUGAUGUUCAUGAAGGAGACUUUCUGUCUCUCAGGUGUCACAGUCGGACUGGAUAUGAGACAAGGAACUCAGUAUUUUAUAUGGACAAUAAGAUCAUUGAGUCCCCAGUCAGUGAGUCUGAGUUACACAUAGGAAGAGUGGAUGUUACUGCGUCUGGUACAUACAAGUGUCAAAAAGAAAUUUAUAAUCAUAAAUAUGAUUAUCACACAUCUGGAGAUGAGCAAUAUAUUUCAGUCUCAGAGCUCUUUACUGUCCCACAAUUAAAAGUGAGCUCAGCCCUGGUGACAGAAGGAGAUCACAUGACCAUAACAUGUGACACAGAGCUCAGCCCACACAGAGAGACUACAGAGCUACAGUUUGUUUUCUACAGAAAUGGGCACAAUGUGCAGGGAUUCAGUUUAUCCAACCAAUAUGGAGUCCCCUCAGCUCAGCUGGAGGAUUCUGGGAAAUAUACCUGUGAGGUACAAACUCCAACUGGCAGCGUGAGGAAGAGGAGCAGUGAGACAUAUAUCCAUAUACAAGCAUUCUUCUCUUACCCACUAAUAAAAGUGAGGCCAGAUCAGGUGACAGAAGGAGAUCACAUGACCAUAACAUGUGACACAAAGCUCAGCCCACACAGAGAGACUACAGAGCUACAGUUUGUUUUCUACAGAAAUGGGCACAAUGUGCAGGGAUUCAGUUUAUCCAACCAAUAUGGAGUCCCCUCAGCUCAGCUGGAGGAUUCUGGGAAUUAUACCUGUGAGGUACAAACUCCAACUGGCAGUGUGAGGAAGAGGAGCAAUGCGGCACAUAUUCAGAUACAGGAGCUCUUCCCUUACCCACAAAUAAAAGUGAGUCCGGAUCAGGUGACAAAAGGAGAUCACAUGACCAUAACAUGUGACACAAAGCUCAGCCCACACAGAGAGACUACAGAGCUACAGUUUGUUUUCUACAGAAAUGGGCACAAUGUGCAGGGAUUCAGUUUAUCCAACCAAUAUGGAGUCCCCUCAGCUCAGCUGGAGGAUUCUGGGAAUUAUACCUGUGAGGUACAAACUCCAACCGCCAAUGUGGCAAAGAGAAGCAGAGAGGCUCAUAUUCAAAUACAGAACGGACAUCUGUCUUACCUGGUACCAACUCUCUCAGGGAUUGUAACAGUGCUGGGUUUCAUUGCUAUAGUCAUCUUUACCAUCAAGUUUCGAAACAAACUUUCAUCAUUUCUAAUUUGUCCCCUGCAGCACCCCAAAACAGAUAGCAACUCUUCUAAAGCCCAUGUUAGUGCCGGAACAGAGAAUGAAGAGUUGCACAGCCCAGCAAUGUUGAAUGAAGAAACAUCAGACCUGGCCAGUUGUGGUUUCCAUGUGGAGGAUGAUAUCUGUUAUACCUCCAUUUAUUUCAGUCAAAGACAAAAAGCUUCUCCUGUGCACAGCAAUAAAAAUGAUAUGUCUGUUACAUACGCUGCAAUAAAGGGAGGCCACGGAAAGAAAGACAAACUGGCAACCCCCAACCAAGAGAUCUCCAACACCUCCUGCGUCUACGGCAAUAUCAACUCUGAAUAAAGUCAACAAAAGCUUAUGUGCUGAUAUCAGGAACUGAAUUAUCUGACUGAACAAGAGAUUCAACUUCUAUUUUUCCAACAA